AUGCCCAUAAAGUGUGGGGACCCUGGCAUGUUCUACAUCCCAUGUGUAAUAGGAACCAUGAAGGUGGAGAAGGCAAUGCUCGAUUUAGGAGCAUCCAUCAACGUUAUGCCCUUAUCCAUGUACCAGGACCUGGAGAUAGGUCCGCUGAAGCCCACCCGAGUGGUAAUCCAAUUGGCAGAUCGGUCAAAUGUCUACCCAGAGGGAAUAUUGGAAGACGUUUUGGUCAAAGUGGAGGAACUCAUCUUUCCAGCGGACUUCUACAUUCUCGACAUGGGGAAGUCAAAGGCACGGGAUCCGGUUAUGCUCUUGGGCAGACCAUUUCUAAAGACUGCCAGGACUCGCAUUGAUUGUGAUACGGGCAAGCUAAAAUGUCAAUUCGAAGGGAAAACAGUGACCUUCGACAUAUACAAUGCCAUGAAACAUGCAGUUGAUAUGGAGAUGGUGAAAAGUGUCGACAUGAUUGAGAAGGUUGUUGUGGAGGUUUUGCCCAGAACAGCAUUCAAGGAGCCAUACGAUGCGAUAAUCCAGAAUGGCAUAACCGAGGAGGACUUGCAAGAGGAAUCAUUGCAAGAGGCGGUGAAGACACUAAAUGCAUGGAGCGAAGGAGUCAACCACACUGAGGCUUUGAAAAUCCCCACCCUGAAGGAGGAAGACCGACUUGUGCCCUCAAUCCAAAGGGCACCCAAGCUCGAGCUGAAGUCUUUGCCCAAACAUCUCAAGUAUAUCUUUCUGGGAGAUAAUGACACUUUGCCCGUGAUCAUCAAUUCAGAGUUGACACUCGAGGACGAAAACAAAGUCAAGAUGACUUUGGGGAAGUACAAGGAGGCAAUUGGAUGGACCCUGGCCGAUAUUAAGGGCAUAAGCCCUGCCGUAUGCAUGCACCGCAUAUUAUUAGAAGAAGAUGCAGUUCCAGUCCGAGACCGCUAG